AGGUUAUAAACUAUCAACCGUUUGAAGUCAGAAGGACAUCAAUUUAAUUUUGUAGCAAUUGGUGGUUAUUUAAUUAUUAAAAUAGGAAUAUCCACUCAAGCUGUUUAGUAUUUCUUAUUUUUACUUUUAUAUAUAUGUAUUUUUAUGCAAGAGUAGAGCUGAAUUGUAACAAAGUAUUAUUAUAUUUUAUUGCCAAAUAGAUUUGUUUGCCAGUAGAAUCAUGGAAUCAAACAUUAUACUAAGAUUGGACACUGAAUAAGAUCCUACAGACAUAAACAUGGAACAAAAUUUAACUCCAGAACAGAAGGCUAGAAUUGAGCUGAAUCGAAAACUUGCUCUUGAAAAAAGAGCAGCAAGACUUGCUGCACACACGUCUCAGUCGCCUGUACAGAGUUCAGCAGCUGGUGGAAGUUUAGCAGGUUCUUCAAGUAGCCUUCAGACAACACCAAGGAUCAGUGCCACACUGCCUGGCACUUCAACUAACAAGCCUUUUAAUAGAAAUGUCUCCAAUGUAUCUGAUUCUUUAUCUGUUAUCAAUAAGUGUAAUUCUCCUUUGACGAAACAUUCUCUACAUGCUUCCUCAACACACCAAAAAAUUUCAAAUUCUCCUAGUAACGUGAAUACUAACUAUCCACCUCUGGAUGUAAAUUAUUCUAAGUCAAACAAUUCUGUUAAAAACUCAAGCAGUGCUCAAAGCUCACUGAAAAUUGAUGUUAACUCAAUCUAUGUACAAUCAAAACCGAUCAAUCCAAUUUGUGGAGUUUGUAGAUUGAUAUCUAAAGAACGGUUCACAGUUGAUAUAGCAUUUCAUCAACCAACAAUUGAUUUGUUUCGAUCAAUAAAAGGAAAAGAAUAUGAUUCAAAAACAAGAUUGUGGACGUUUCCUGUGUCAGAAUAUUCUAAUCUCAAAAAGUCAGUGGGUAUUUUGAAACCUCAUGUUGUUAUUGGAGAUUUACCAAAAUGUGUAGUGGAGACUUUUAUAACUAAGGCCAAAAACUUCCAACAAGACAUCAAUAAGGUGGACAUAUCCAGGGUGGAUGAAAACUUACUCAACACCAUAUACCCAUUCCAGAUGGAAGGAAUAAAGUUUGGUGUGUCUAGAGGUGGAAGGUGUUUAAUUGCUGAUGACAUGGGCUUAGGGAAAAGUAUCCAAGCCCUUGGAAUUGCAGAUUAUUAUCGCUCCGACUGGCCUUUGUUGAUCGUUUGCCCUUCCUCUAUGAGGUUUCAGUGGGAAGAAGAAAUAAGAGUACGGCUGCCGAACUCAGUGCCUUUGCAUCGCAUUUUCGUGAUGACAUCAGGAAAAGAUAAUGUGGAUGGAGCACAAGUUCUUAUUCUAUCAUAUGAUCUCCUAUCAAAAAAGAGAGACGUAAUAAAGAAAAUGGGUUUUGGAGUUAUCAUUUUGGAUGAAAGUCACUGUAUUAAAAGCAUGAAGACUCAAAGAGGAAAGACAGCUUUGGAAAUGACUCAGCAGUGUAAAAGAGUAAUUUUGCUGAGUGGUACUCCAGUGUUGUCUCGACCAGCCGAACUUUACACCCAGAUAAGAGCUGUUGACCCGUCAGCCUUCCCAUACUUCAAGGACUAUGGAAUACGAUAUUGUGCUGGGGUCCAAAGCAGAUUUGGCUGGGACUUUUCUGGGUCAAGCAACAUGGAGGAGUUAAAAAUACUUUUGGAGACUCGCUUCAUGAUCCGCAGGUUGAAAACUAAUGUGCUUACUCAACUGCCAAGCAAAAUCAGACAAGUGAUAGUGUUGAACAGUAAGUCACUGGGCAAGAGCAGCCAGUCAAUGGACGCGUUUGCUCUCAAACUUCAAUCAUCCAGUUUGAAAGGUAGCGAACGUCACGGCACUCUGCUCUCUUACUUCUCAGAGACUGCCAAAACCAAAUCUAAUGCGGUCUGUGAAUACAUCGUAGAUGUGCUACAAGACAAUAGAAAAUUUCUGUGCUUUGCCCAUCAUGGAGAAAUGUUGGAUGCUAUUUGUAACACACUGGAACAAAACCAAACUUUUUAUAUCCGGAUAGAUGGAACAGUAUCAGCAGAAGACAGGAAGAUGUUGUGCGAUAAGUUUCAGUAUGAAGACAAAUGGAAGGUUGCGGUUCUGUCAAUAAAAGCUGCCAACACUGGACUUACACUCACAGCAGCACAGAUGGUCAUCUUCGCAGAACUUUUCUGGAAUCCUGGAGACCUGGCCCAGGCUGAGGAUCGAGCACAUCGUAUAGGCCAAGAGGACUGUGUGGUUGUCAAGUAUCUGAUAGCCAAAGGCACAGCAGACGACUACUUGUGGCCUCUCAUACAAAGCAAACUGGAAAUACUCAAUAAAGCUGGUCUUAGCAAAGACAGCUACAUUUCAGCUGAUACAAAAUGCAUCGGAACACCGGACAGUAAAAGUGCAACCCAAACAAAGAUUGAUGACUUUUUUGAAAAUCCAUUUGAUGAUGAAGAUGAUAGUGACUUACUACAAGUAAUGGAUGAAAUUGAUGGCGUUCAGGAGAAGAAGAUAAAACUGGACUGUUGAUGUUCAAGAUAUCUUUGUUACUCCAGAUACAAAACUGAUUCACUGUUACAACAAUUUGAUACUUUGUUAAAUUUCUGAAUUGGAAUUGAUUAUAUUCUUUAAAAUACAUGCAGAUUGCUAUGUUAAAUAAUAUUUUGAUGUUGUAAAUUAUGGAAUAUUGAAGGAAAUAACCUUAACUAUUUUGUCAUUUUUGUAAAAAAAUCUUUUAUCUGUGGAAAUGAUAUCUACUGAGUUUUAUUAGUAAAUAAGUAAUAGAAGAAUAAAGUAGAACAAAUGUACAAAAAAAGUAAUGAAACAAAUAAUAACAAAAUCUUUAAAAAGAUUUACGUGUGUAAAUAUGCUCUAAGAUUUAUGGUACAAUUGUGUAUUGAUUCUAGUCUUUUACACCUGAAAAAAAUUAAUAUUAAGAAAUAUACUUGAAUUUAUAAAAUCUUACAUAUUACUUCGAAAUAAAAAUAAAUUUAAACACACAUUUAUUAAACAAAAUAUUAAUACAAUUUUGGUUGCAUACAUCUUUUAUUAGAUAUAUUUUUUUGAUUUAAAAAAUAUUGUAUAGUGUUUAGUUUUUAUCUCGGAUUUCUUGAUUAGUUCAUUUCUGUCUUUUGAUUUGUAUUCCAUUAACGAAUCUCACUGUUAAUAUAUAUAUUUAUAAAUAAUUCUGAAUCAGAUUUAGAGAUAUCUUCACUGUUGUGUGCGAUAAAACACAACAGUAAAGACAUCUUUACUUGUGUUGUGGUUGGCUUUCUAGGUAAGAGUUCUGUGUGCAACAGUGUUUGUAGAAAUUCACAGAUUGUGUUUUACAUACUUGUUAAUAUUUUUAUCUCUUUUUGUACUGUAAAAUAUUUAGGAUUUAUGAAUGAAUGAUAAUUUGUCAUGUGUUAAAUGUAUAUUGUUAUGUAAAUAAAAUAUAUUUUUCUAUUGAGA